AAAACUUAUAUAUUUUUAUUAUGACUUUACAAAAGUGGAGAAAUUUAAAUAUAAAAUUAAGCGAUCCCGUUUUGGAAACCUUAGAUGAGUUAAAAUUUUACGAGGCGACCGCAGUACAAGCUGCUUGCAUUCCACUUUUGCUACAAGGAAAUGAUGUUGCUGUUGAAGCUGUGACUGGAAGUGGAAAAACUCUUGCUUUUCUCAUACCACUAUUAGAAUUGUUACUGAAAAGACCAGAAAAAUGGAAAAAAUUUGAAAUAGGAGCAAUUAUAAUUUCACCAACAAGAGAGUUAGCAAUACAAAUUAGUAAGAUAUUAUCACAAUUUCUCAAGAGAAUAUCAAAUUUAAAACAAAUAUUGAUAGUAGGAGGAUUAACAGUUAAAGAAGAUAUUGCUCAAUUAAGAAUUGGUGCAAAUAUUAUUAUAGCUACACCAGGACGAUUAGAAGAUCUCUUAAGUAAUUGUAAAGAAAUUAAUUUAUCAGCAGCUAUUAAAUCUUUAGAGCUGUUAGUUUUAGAUGAAGCUGACAGACUAUUAGAUUUAGGAUUUUCUGUAAAGAUUAAUACAAUACUAAGCUGUCUACCACGUUUGCGAAGAACAGGAUUAUUUUCUGCAACACAAACUAAAGAAUUGGAACAGUUAGUAAGAGCUGGUUUGAGAAAUCCAUCUUUUGUAUCCAUAAAGGAAACAGAAAGUUAUUCAACUCCUUUACAUUUAUAUAACUAUUAUGCAAUAACUGAUGCAGAUAAAAAACUUGCAUUUAUAAUCAAUUUUAUAAAAAAUAACAAAAUUAAUUUAAAAUAUAUGAUCUUCUUUUCUACUUGUGCAUGUGUAGAUUAUUUUAGUAGUGUUAUAAAGAUUUUACUAGCACCUAUAAAAGUUUUAGCUUUACAUGGUAAAAUGAAAAAGAAGAGACAUAAAGUUUUUGAAGAGUUUCAAAUUCUUGAAAGUGGUUUAUUAAUAUGUACAGAUGUAAUGGCCCGUGGAAUCGAUAUUCCUGAAGUUGAUUGGGUCAUACAAUAUGAUCCACCAAGUACUGCAAGUAGUUUUGUUCACAGAUGUGGCCGAACUGCAAGAAUAGGACAUGCAGGUAAUGCUUUGCUACUGCUCUCUGAAUCUGAAGAUGCUUAUAUUGAUUUUAUAAAGAGAAAUCAGAAAGUUGAAUUGAAAUUAUUAAAAUUCAAAAUUGAAAAAACUUUAAUAGAAGAAUGUUUACAGUAUAUGAGGAACUUGCAACAAGCAGACAGACUCUUAUUUGAUAAAGCAAAUCGAGCUGCAGUUUCAUAUAUUCAAGCCUAUCAAAAGCAUGAGUGUAGUUUAAUUUUUCGAAUAAAGGAUUUAGAUUUAGGAAAAGUAUUUAUGGGAUUUGGAUUAUUAAAAAUACCACGAAUGCCUGAAUUGAAAGGGCGAGAUUUAUUAAAUUUUCAAUCAGCUAAUGUUGAUGUAAAUUCCAUUUCAUAUAAAAAUAAACAAAGAGAAUUUGUCAGGUUACUAAAAUUAAAAAAAUAUCAAGAUACAGGUAUUUGGUUUGAAAAGGAAAAAAAAAGAUUUAAAAAUACAGAAGCAUGGUCUAAAUCUAAAAAGAGUAAAUCUGAAAGACAAUUAAAAAAAAAUCAACGUAAAGAAAAAAAAAAUAGUCAAAAAAUAAAGAAUGAAAAGAAAAAUAGUAAAAAGCGUAAAAUUGUUACAACUGAAGAAGAUUUAAAAGAUUUGGUAAAAGACAUAGCACUGAUAAAAAAAUUAAAAAGAAAAAAGAUAUCAGAUCAAGAAUUUGAGGCAGCCUUUUGUACAAAUUAAUAAUUAUAAAUAAUUAUAAGUAAUAUGCAGU